GCUUUUCUCAACUUAUGAGGUGGACCUUUGGGCUUUGUCAUCUUGGGCCUGGAUUUCCUUUGAGACCAUAAGUCGGGGUAGAGCCCAACUGGAUUGCUUUCACAUUUUCAGCCCACACUUCAUGCUCCAAAGAUAUAUCUAAUAACCUUUGUCAAGGAGAAUUUGGGUCCACAACAAUAAUAUUCAAAAAUAAACUGAAAAGUGUACAUUAUGAACAUAUUUUAUAAAAGAUACCUAGAAUGCAAAUAUAAUCAUUUAUGUGUAAAAAUGCACUUUUUAAUGCCCAAAAAUACUGAUUUGGAAUGGUGUCCAAUCUGCCGAGAUGCACAUGUGGAUCAGCUCAAGCUAUGGUCAAACAUGAACAAGAUCAGAAACUAAUCCAAUUUCUGAUGGGCCUAAAUUCAGAAUACAACACUAUCAGGGGAAAUAUUCUGGUUAUGAGGCCUCUCCCAUCUGUUGCAGUUGCAUAUGGGAUGCUAAUUCAGGAGGAAAAACAGAGGGAAAUUCAAGCUGCAUCACCUUUAAUGCCUGAACAUACAUCAAUGAAUGAGAAGAUUGUGAGAAUCUGGACAUCACACCAUUCACUUCAGAUCUGUGCACUCAGUUCAUGAGGUUUCUCUCCACAGUUCAAGGAAACCAGACACCUGGAACAACCAGUUCCAAUUCUCAAUCCCAAGCACUCAAUGCUCACAUGGCUGGGCCCUUCACAGAGGAAGCCACUGGAACUUGGUGAAAAAUGUGAUGGCCUCUACAUUACUCCUGCUGUUCAGCACUCCUUUUCAUCUUCUCAGAGUCAACAUGAUAAUACCAAUAGUUCAUCAUCUGUUUUUCAUUCUAGUGAUGUUACUAGAGAUGUAUGUUGCAAUAAAGUCUGUAAAAUUCC